CCUCAGGGACAAAUUUACCAACAGCCAUCAGCGGAACACACCCAAGCUGGAUGCAGGCCAAGAACAAGCAGUGUUGCUGAAGUCUGGGCAGCGAGGUGGCAGGGUGACCGGUGCAUCCCUUGAUGAAAACAUGCGAGGACUGUUGGGCAGCAGCUGGAGGGAGUUUGGCCACGCUGGCAGGGGGACAUACGAGUUAACCAGCGAACCAAGCCUACCUCUUCCGGAAACUCAGCUGCAGGGUGGCCAGAAGAUAAGUUCCAGCAGGGAAGAUGUGGAGCCCUUCCUGUGCAUCCUUCUUCCAGCUACCACCUUACUCUUUCUGGCCUUUCUGCUGCUUUUCCUGUACCGCCACUGCAGGGCCACUCGGCUCCAGGGACAGGUCUCUGGCUUUGACCUCCCAGAGCAUCCGCCUGCAGAAGAGGUGACUGACCUCCUGCCCGGCUUACCCUGGAGCAUUGAACAGAACUUCCCUUAUUCCCCUCUGCCCCGCGAGGCCACCCUCCUCUCAGCAUGCUUGCCGCCCUCCUAUGAAGAGGCCACCAGGAACAUCCCUAGGGAGGAUGCUCUGGAUGGGAGCCCUCAGUAUGAAGAGGCUUCACCUGGACCGGAAAAGCAAAUAUAAACUGCUCUUGAAAACCUUUUAGAACACUGCUCCCAGCCCUGCAUCGAGUGGACCUGAGAAAGGGGGACAAGGGCAUCUGGACCCAAGAAGCUGCUAUUC